CGCCCAAGUGAGAAGGACUUUGGACGAUGGGGGUACGGACAGAGAAAAAUACAGCGCAUCAGCCUCAUCACUGCCAUUUUGCUCGACAGAGGAUUAUAAUUUUCCAGCACCGAUGGCCGCUCUAGAUGUGAUCAUAAUCGGGGGCGGGCUCGCUGGAGCCUGCCUGGCCAAUGGACUCCUGAACAAGGCAAAGGACCUCGUCAACGUCGACGUCUAUGAGAUGGACAAGCGGGAUUCCCAGCGCGAUGGCUACCAGAUUCGCCUGGGAUCAUAUGCACUCACGGGGUUUCGGGCAUGCCUGACGGAUCGCCAAUACGCGGAUCUGCUUCUCUCCUUUGGUCGAUCCGGAGGCGUGGUGUCGUCCGCGCCAACGAUUUUCAACCCCAAAAUGGAGCUCCUAUUGGAGCUGGGCAAGUUCCCCGCCUACACCAAAUCGGCACCGAUUGGACGGGCUCGCCUGCGCAACAUGCUGCAGGCGCCGCUCCUGGAACACAACAUGAUGCACCACGGCAAGACCUUUGUGCGGUACGAGAUCCUCAAGGCCGCCGAGGGGAGCAGUAGCCCGGAAGACAGGAGGAUCAGGGUCCAUUUUGCCGACGGCACAAGCGCAGACUGCGAUGUUCUGAUCUCGGCCGAGGGCAGCGGCAGCCGAAUCAACAGACAGCUCGGGUGCAACAACAUUGUCGAAAACCCCGAGACGGAAAGCGGUGGCAUCCUGGGCAAGUGCCACGUCCCCUGGUCCGUACUCCGAGAGCUGCCGCGCGUGCUGGUGGAAAAGGGCACGAUAUUCACGGCCGGCUCGGGGUGCAGGCUCUUUGCCGCCGUCUACCUCCCCGACAAGUACAACUCGCAGCCCGAGGCCAUGGACGAGGGCAAGCCGAGCGACUACGACGAGUCGCAGUCGUCGCUGAUGGUGUCCUUUGCGUGGGAGGGCACGCCGCUGCCGCGCGAGGUGGUCAAGCUGCCCGACCCCAAGGCCUUUAUGCGGCAAAAGAUGGCCGAGGCGGGCUGGCACCCCGAGUACGCCAAGCUCAUCGACGCCCUGGAGCCCGACGCCCUGCAGUCCGUGCCCCUGCGGCAGGCCAGGGACACCCCCGUCGACUGGCGGCGGCGCGCGCGCGCGGACCCGGCCCACGCCGCGGACCCCGACGUCGCCCACCCGCGCGUCUGGCUCCUCGGCGACUCGUUCCACCCCAUGCUCCCCAGCCGCGGCAUGGGCGCCAACAACGCCAUCUGCGACUCGGCCGACGUCCUGGGCCCCCUGAUGGAGCUGGCGCGCCAGAAGAAGAAGCUCGGCCACGUGCCCGACGAGGCGGCCCGCGCUCAGCUGGCCGAGUAUGAGAACGCCAUGAUUCCCCGGUCCAUGCGCUGGGUCAAGACGAGCGCCAGCCAGAGUCUGCCCGACUUCGACACAUUUCAAGGCAAAAUUGUCAUCUUCGGUAUUCGGCUGGUGCUUGCAGUUGUAGGUACCGCGGUGUCGAUUGCGAAAACCUUUGGCUGGAAACCUCACGAUGAAGCCCCUGAGCUUCCAUGA